AAGCCGUCUGCUUUUCCAUUUUCUUGUUCUAAUCACGUCAUUUUCAAACUCUCUUCUACUUCUGUCAGGUUAUUUUAUCUAUCAGCCUCAAAAUUAGGGUUUUUUUUAUUUUUUUAUUAUCUAUAUCUAUUUAUGAAAGGAAGAUUGUAGUUGAGCUGAUCAAACGGUCAGGAUUUCUUCACCGAAUGGAGCGUGGGAUAUACCAAUGGACUAUGAUGAUAAUGAAUUUCAAGGACAAAAUCGCCAAUUAGCAUCAGAAGGGUGCUCAAAAGCUUUCCCUGUUUUGAAUCCGUAUGCUCUUCCCAAGUUUGAUUUUGACGAUAGCCUCAACGGGCAUUUAACUUUUAACAGCUUGGGUGAAAACGACACUUUCCUUGGUAUCACUAAUCAAGAGGACAAUCAGUGGAUCGAGCAAUAUUCACGUGGAAGUAGUGGAAUAGAUUUCAAUUCAAGUACUGUGGAAUCAAGACGUGGCAAUGUAUGGUCUGAAGCAACAUCUUCAGAAUCUGUUGAGAUGCUUCUAAAAUCAGUUGGACAGGAAGAAAAAGCUGUGCAAGAAACAAUAAUUGAAAAUUUGGAUGCAUGUAAUGAGCCAAGAAACUUAACUGAAGUUAUGGAUCCCAAUUUGAAUCAAGAAUCUCAAAAAAAUCAAAUAUCUAGCACAGAGUCGUAUUCUGUAGUUCCUAGUGAGAAGCCUAAUCUAUGUGUUUCAGAGGAAAAAGUGGAAAAAACAUUUGAUGAUGUAAUUCAAAAGGAAGGCGAGCAUUUGGUGAAUGAGGCCUUGGUAGACAACCCGGGCCCUGCAGAGAAUGUUGGUGCAAGUAUUGAGACGGUAAAUAAUCAAGAAAGCCUGCAGCUGGUUUCUGCUGAUGCCAGUGGUUUGUCAAAAGACGUGUCUCUUGGUUCUGCAGAACAAAGCGUUCUACGUAAAGAAAAUAGUGUGAGUGUUGAAAGUCAUACAAAUAACACAGAAGUGUCUCUUUCUGUGGAGAACCUGUCAGCUGAAACUAGCAGCCCGCUCAAUGAAAUCCCAGCCCCAAUUUCAGAAACAGAUGAUCAUGAAUCUCCAAGGUCUAUUACAGGUUCUUUGACUAAGAUAUCUUCUGUCAAUUGUUCCUCUGUUGAAAAUAUCGAAAUUGGCACUGGAAAGGAUGUCCAAGAUGUAUGUUUAACUGAAAAGGCCGACGCAAGCUUGCCCAUGAGAAGUGGUGAUUUGGACAUUGAGGCUGUUCAUGCUCUUGAUAAUCAAAAGAAUGUUGAACAAUCUUUAUGUGUGGAAAAAGAGAAUACAGUAAUAGCUUAUAAUUUCGAAUCUAGCGUGCCUGCUCAAAUUGAACAAGUUGCCGUUACAGAAUCUGAUAAAAGGUCAUCUCAUGACACGUCUGAUGUUCAUGUUAAUCCUGAUGCCGAUGACCAACCAAAAUCACCUAUUUUUGGGGUGAGUUUAGUGCACCAGGAUAACAAAGGAAAUGUGGAUGGAUUCCCGUGUGAGGGAAAUCCCCAAAACGAAAUUCCACAGGAUGAAAGUGUGGUUGCUUCUGGUGUAGAGAAUCCAAUAUCUUUAGUUGAAAAAGAAGCAUCUCCUAUUCUUGAUGAAAAAGCUGUAUCUGGGAUGGAUUUUCACUGUGCAACACCGGUUGAAAGCUGUAGUGCAAGCCAGAUUGAACAAAAACCCGGGAGUAAUAAUGCCGAUCAAGAAACGGGGAAUAGUUCUCAGUUAGAUAGUUUACAGGGCCAGGAGGAGUCAAUUAUAAUUAUAAAAGCCAAUGAGUCAAAUGAGCAUCAAACUUUUGUUGAUGCAGAUCGUCCAUCUGAAAUCAAUGAUAAAGGCAAAUUCGAGGCUGCCAAGGAAGUCAGUCAUGAUAGUUCUAUGCCUUCUAAGAUCAUUGAUGAUGUGGGAAAAGAAGUUCAGUCAGUGUCUCCAGAUAAAGCCAUGCAAGAAGAGAAACACUUUACUUUUGAGGUCAACAAAAGUGCCGUUCUUGGACAAGAUGGCGGUAGUUUUUCGUCAUAUCCUACAUUUCAAGUUUCUAAUUUGCCAAAGGUUAUUGAUGGGCAAACCAAAGAUUCUAGUAGCGGCAAAUCGGAUGGCAAGAAAUUGCAUGAAGUUUCUGGUAGUUCACAGAAGCCAGGUGUUUUGACCUCUCAAAUAGGUGUUAAGGGGAAAUCUGAGCGUAAACCUAGGCGAAAAUCAGCUGGGAAGGAAGUUACUAAGAAAAGUAACCACCCGAAGGAAAUAACUCCUGCAAGGAGUUUAGUACGAGGAGAAAUAUCAGCCGUGUCACUAACCCCUCUUGCAACGGGACAAGUUACUCAUUUUGAAGCGGUCAAGUCCCAAGAGAAUAUUACAAAACCUGGGGUUGCUUUUUCAUCACCAAAGCUUCCAGAUUUGAACAAUUCAACGUCUAUGUUUCAGCAGCCAUUUACUGAUAAUCAACAAGUGCAAUUGCGUGCACAGAUAUUAGUCUAUGGAUCUUUGAUAUCAGGGUCUCCGCCUGAAGAGUCUCAUAUGAUUGCUGCAUUUGGGCAAUCUGAUGGCGGACGGACUUGGGAGGGUGUUUGGCGCACUUGUAUAGAAAGGCUUCGUGGACAGAAGUCCCAGCCCAUACACAAUACCCCUACACAACCACGAUCAGACUUGACAAAUGCAGGUAGCAGAACUGAACAAGGAAUUAAACAACCUUCUCUGCAUACUAAGAUUCCAUCUUCACCUAUUGUAGCAGCAGCCAACCAGGGUACACAACCAAAUAUUGCCUCCAUGAUUCCUCUUUCAUCACCUUUAUGGAAUAUCCCUGCCCCUUCUAACAGUUUGCUGUCUACUGGCAUGCCAAAACCUGCCCGUCUUGAUUAUCAUCAACCACUUUCUCCUCUACAUCCUUACCAAACUACACCAGUUCAGAAUUUUAGUGCGCUUAACCCUUCUUGGUUAUCUCAGGGACCCUUUGCUGGUCAAUGGGUAACUGCUUCUCCAAUUCCCACUUUUAAUCCGACCCCUCGUUUCCCCUCAUUGCCUAUAAAUGAGCCAGUGAAAUUGACCCCGGUCAAAGAAUUGGCUAUGAAGCAUACAUCUAAUCCAAUGACUCAAAGUUCCGUUCCUACCACAUUUUCUGAGCCUUCCGGUGAUCCCAAAAGCAGAAAGAGGAAAAAGGUUACUUCUUCCGUAUUGCCUACUUCUCAACCUGCUCAAAAUGUCGAGAAAGUUGUAAUACCUGAGGAGACUUUGACCAAAGUUGAGGAGUCAAAGAUACAAGCCGAGGAGGCCAAUAAGCAUGCUGUUAAUGCAGCGAGUCAAUGCCAUGGUGUCUGGAGCCAACUAGAAAGACAAUACAAUUGUGGUUUGAAUUCUGAUGAUGAAGCAAAACUGGUAUCUUCAGCUGUUUCAAUAGCAGCUGCUGCUUCUGUUGCUAAGGUGGCUGCAGCUGCUGCCAAAAUUGCGUCAGAUCUCGCGGAUCAGGCAAGGUCGAUGGCCACCGUUUUUUUAUCAAAUAAAAGCCAAACUGCAGAUCAAAGCGGCCAUGUCAACAGAUUUGAUAAAGCUACUACUGAUGCAAUUUUAAAAGCUGCCGAGAUGGCAGCUGAAGCAGUAUCUCAAGCUGGAAAAAUUGUUGCAAUGAGUGAACCGGUGCCCUUAAGAGAUUUGAUUGAAGCAGGUCCUGAGGGUUACUGGAAGACUCCCCAGUCAGCAUCCAAGCAGCAAGCUUUAGUUGCAGGAAAUUUGAAGGGUACUGAGAAGAGAGUUGAAUCUACCCCUGAAGUAUCUAAUAAAGGAAACUUGAUUUCAGAAUCUGGUUUAUCAGGAAAAAAGAAUUCUGAGAAUUUGGCAGAGAAUCAGACAAUGGAUGUUGAUGAUGUCUCGGUUCCCUUUACAAGGCAUGCAAAGGACAAGAGAAAGCCAAGGGUUCGUAAAGGUCUUGAAAUGCCAAAAUCUGUCGGGGAUGUACCUGAACCAGAGAUUGGAUCUAUUACGGAAGGAUGUCUAGUGGAGGUGUACAAAAAUGACGAUAAAGGUAAUGGGGACUGGUUUGGAGCUAAUGUAUCGAGCUUGAAGGAUGGAAAAGCCCUUGUAUCUUACACGGAAAUCCAAUCGGAUGAAGGGCAAUUAAAAGAAUGGGUCCCAUUUGUGUUUGAGGACACCGAGGUACCCAAGAUACGAGUAGCCCAUCCUGUGACUACCAUGCGUCUCGAAGGGAAUAGAAAAAGGCGUAGGACAGCUUCGACAGAUUUUGUGUGGUCCAGUGGAGAUCGCGUGGAUGUGUGGAUACAGGAUCGUUGGCGUGAGGGGGUUGUCAUCGAGACAAACAAGAUUGAUGUUACUUCUCUGACCGUUAAAUUCCCAGCUCAAGGAGAGACAUCAGUCGUUAGAUCAUGGUUUGUUCGGCCUACUCUUGUCUGGAAGGAUGGCAAAUGGCUUGAGUGCGAUCCAUCUGAUAAACUCCUUUCAGCUCAGGGGGACUCACGACAGGAAAAGCGAUUAAAACUGGGAAGUCCUGUUGUGGAGAAUAAAAGGGACGAUGGGUCAUCAGAGAAUGUUGACCAUGUUGACCUGGGAAAACAAGAUGAGUCAAGAACUCUACCUUUGUCUACCCAAGAAAGUGUAUUUACUGUUGGUAGCAGUAGAGACAAUAAGAGGCUUGCUACUCAUAGAACAAUGAAGGAUGGCUUGCAAAAGGAAGGCCCACGAGUAGUUUUUGGUGUUCCUAAACCCGGAAAAAAGCAGAAAUUUAUGGAAGUAAGCAAACAUUAUGUUGCUGAUGUCACCAACAAGAAUAAAAUUCCACAUGAUUCUGUCAAGUUUACCAAAUAUUUGAUCCCUCAAGCACCGGGAUCACGUGGUUUAAAAAACAAUUCUAGAAGUGACGCAAAGGAGAAAGAAGCUGUUGAAACCAGAACAAGAAUCAUCAGAAAGCCUCCAAUUCCUACUGUCAGAUCAUUAAAUUUUCCUAAAUCCACAACCCGUGAAAAUAAUCAAAUAAGUCAAACGAGAGCGGAUUCUGGCACUGAUAGUGAGAACCAAUUGGAUCAACAAAACCAGAUGGAGAUCGGGUCCUCUUCCAACAUUGAGGAUGUACCAAGAUAUUCAGAAUCAAAUUCUGCGGAGCCUCAAAAGGGAUUUUCUACCAAGUCUGAGCGCUCUAACAAACGGAAGUUUGUACCUACAGGCCGAAAGGCAGCUCAAGUUGAAAAAUCACUUCCAGAAGUUGUGGAGACCCGGAGAUCAAAUCGUAAAAUUCAGCCUACCUCAAGGUUAUUAGAAGGUUUGCAAAGUUCUAUUACUACUUCAAAGACACCUGCUGCUUCGCAUUCUACUUACAGAAGCCCCAAGGUUACCCCAAGAGGAAACACGAAAAAUGCUUGAAAGGAACUUCUAUGCAUAUGGGAUAUGCUUAUGCAAGCAGUGUUUGAUUGUGUGAGCAUCCAAGGAUAGUAUAUGUGUGUAUAACUAAGUAGGAGAAAGAUGAAACUAGGAAAGGCUAAUCUCAUCCUUUCUGGUGCCUUAUUAAGCAUGUAGAAUAAUCUAGUAGCUGUUGUAGAAGAUGUUCAUAAUUAUUUUUGUUUUCUGUUACUUGUAAAUCUUAAAUCAGGCUCAGCCUGUUAAGAUUUUGUAUAUGGAUGUUUCUCUGGUUAAUGGAUGCACAUGAAGUCGUUUGAUGUUAA